UCAAAUCUCUUUUAUUUGAUAAGAAUUACAAAAAUGCACUUGUGUUAUGUUUUGUACAUUUUUCCUCUUUUUAACUAAAAAGAAUUUAAAUAUUAUUACAUGUCUGUGUGAUUUUAUGUUUAAAGGGAUUGAAGACUGAGUAUUAAUAUAUUUUCUUAUUUUUCAUUAAAAGAAUUGCUUUUAACUAAAACAUUUGAGAACAUUUCACUACCACUGAAGUUUAAGGGAAAGGGGGGGAGAGGUGAUAGAGCACUUUUUUUCUUUCCAGACAUAGUUAAUUUCGUUUUAUUUAAAAUAUAAUUUAUCUUUUUUCUUAGUACAGGUAAGAAAAAGUAGUUAAAUUGUCAUGGAUUUGUUGAAGGCUAUCAAAAAGCAGAAUAUUGAGAAAAUCAAAUCUAUUUUAAGUUCCAGAAAUAUUGAUGUUGAUUUAAAAAGAAAUGGACAAACUCCCCUUCAUGUGGCAGCUGUAACUGGAAAUGCUGAAAUCAUGAAAAUUAUUCUUGAUUUAGGACCAGAUGUGAAUAUCAAAAGUUCUGAUUUUCAUCAUAAAACACCACUGCAUUUAGCAUGCAAAUACGCUAGUGUAGAAGUGAUUGAGUUACUUUUAAGGUCUGGAGCUGAUGUCAAUAGUACUGAUCGAUAUGGAAAUACACCGCUACAUAAAGCAUCAGCGAAAGGAAUGUGUGAUGUUGUGAAGUUGUUGCUUUCGAAAAAUGCAAUUUUAAGUGCAACAAAUAGUAACAACACAUCAGCGCUUCAUGUUGCUGCUUUGAACGGUCACACAGAUGUUGUGAAAGUCUUACUACAAUGCGGCAUUGAUAAAAUCAUUAAAAACAAGUCAGGUGAAACUGCUCAGUCUUAUGCGAUGAAAAAUAAGCACUUUGAAAUUGCUGAAUUUAUCAAGACUUUUAGUCAUGUUGACUUUUUGAAAAGAUCUGAAUGUUUUUCCCCUAUAUUACUGGAUGAGAAUCAUAACAAUGUUAAGGUUAAUUCACGGUAUGACAUCAGAAGAAAUGAUUUAAAAGCACUUGACAAAAGGCUUGAAGAACUUCAACAGUUAAAAUCUGAAGUGCAACAAUUAUUUGCAUCGGAUGGAAUUCGCCUUAAGAAGGCUCAAGAGAAUCUUAUGCUGGCCCAGACACGUUAUAAUUUUACUAACGAAAAGCUAAAAGAACUUGAGGAUGAGCUGAGUACUUUAGCGGAGGAAAAAUCAAGUCUAAAUAAAGAACUAUCUGUUCUAGAGAUUGAAGAAAACAACAAUAAUAAUAAGAUGGAUGAAAGACAUUUGUAUGAGUGUCCCAUCUGUUUUGAAGUGCCUUUGCCACCUCUUCACGUGUACCAAUGUCACCAAGGACAUAUAUAUUGUGAGAGAUGCAAAAGGGAAUCGACUAUGGAAUACUGUCCACAAUGUCGUCAAUCUAUGGGAGGCUUAUCGAUUCGAUGUCGCCAUAUGGAAGAUUUGAUAUUCAAAAAGUAUUCAUGAAUUAAAAUGAAACAUAUUUUUGAGAUUCAAAAAAUUCUUCAACAAUUUUAUAUUAAUGAAUUUUGUUGAUGAAGGGACAAAAGGAUAUCAAAGUAUUGCAAGUCAAUGGGGUGCAAGAAAAGUAUCACAGAGGAGUUUUAUGUCAGAAAGACGAGAAAAAAAGCUCAGAUUUUAGUAUUUUUGGAUAAAGUUGGGAAAAAUUUAUGAUCUCAAAAUUGGUAAUUUCAAGUGCCAUAAUCCAUGUUGUCUAAAAUCAGGUUCUAUUUAAUAACAUCAGGGGCUGGAAACCCUGAAAUUGGGGUAUUUUAUAUUUAGAAGAAAAAUACUUUGAUGCCUGAACCUUUAGUGGUUAAAGGUUCUUCAAAACUGACAACAGUUAUUUUUAAAAAAUGUUCUGCUAAAACUUGAAAUAUUGUUAGUUUGUUUUUGUUAUAUCUCAGCUUAAGGUACUUGUAAUUCAAGCUAGCCAUUAUCAGUUUUAAUUAAAAGCAUAUUAUAUAUUUUGAUAUUUGUAAUGACUAGUAAUUUUGAAAAAGCAAAUACUAUUAUUUUUUAAGCAUUCUCUUAUAACAGGGAUCCAUGAAAAUUCUUUAAGAUUAUCAUUUUGGAACCUACAUUUCACAAGUGGUAGGGAGUGGCACACAUUUUCUCUAAUUUAAAUGAUUUUAUUAAACAUUUUGGAGUCAUCAAUCAUCCUAAGUAAAUUUAAUGUUAUUUGGAUUAUUGUUUGUUCAUCAGUUUUACAAAAUUCAUUAGCACGAUUUGGUGGUUAGGAAUCUGCAACUUAGCAGUUGGUAUGAACUGUAAAGACUUUAAAUGUUAUUUUUUUAUGAACUUCUAUUUCCCACGAUAGAAGUUAGUUGGUAUUUGUAUAUUAAAUUUUAAUUUCAUGCAGUUUUGGUCAAUUACUUCAGAAUGAAAAUUGUUUGCUUAAUUAUACUUUUUUAUGUUCUUCUUAUACAUUAUUUAUCUAGAUUUUUUUUAUUUUCAAUCUACAUGUAAAUAUUAAGUUCGCUCUAUAUAUAAUUGUUAUUUUCAGUUUUCUGUUACUGUUUUCCAUGUAAAUAUGUAUUCUUCAGUUCUCUGUAUAUUGCGAUGAAUAUUUUUCUAUUAAUAUUUUUGUAAAAGCUAAAAGUGAAUAAAUAAAUUAUAUACUAGAAGAAUGCACUGAUUGGUUUUGUUGUAGAACAUGUUAUUAUUACCAUCCAUCUAUACUAUUUACCCAGGAUAGCCUCUUCAUUUUCUAAUGGUACUGUUAUCAAUGAGGUUCCUGUGAAGAGGGUCAUUUGAGGCUCCCAUUUAAGCUACGGAAGGCCUGCAAGCACAACAGCCGCUUAACUGGACAACUGUCUAAGAUAUCAAUAUUAUUCACAUGCUAAACGCUAUGCAAAAAUAAUUGAUUUAUACUUCUAUAUGUUGUCGAAUACCUACUUUAUGCCAAGAAUACACAAAAUACAGAUUAAAAAAUAAUAAAUUCGAAAAUAAAAAUAAAAUCUAACAGAAAGUCUAAAGCCUGAAUAAUAAAGACAAGCGGGCCUGCAGGCUAAGGACUAGUCUAUGUUUAUGAUAACCAUUGUCUGCUUGUUAGCCAAACAUGAUAGCUACGAGUAGAAAGGACUUCUCCCCAUUGUUACUGGUAAAGUAACCAACAAAAUUACUGUAUACAUGUCUGUUUGUUAAAACAAAUGUUUAUAACGGCUAUAACAAUUAUAAAAAUAUAAUUGGGCAAAAUAAUGUAAUAGAGUAAAUGAGACAAACCAACAGUAGCAAAUAGGGUUGACACACACACAUACAAAGGAAACAGAGAAGGGCUGGUCACACUCAUCAGAACUGGUUUUGAUCAGCUCAAAAAGAGGGCCUGGCAAAAUGGCUGUCCAAAGAGAAAAAAAUUUAGCCUAAGUGUAACCAGAAGGAAUGCGAACAAAAAGACACCAUUUUAUUGAUAAUCUGAUACAAAACCAAUUACCUGACAUGUAAUAAAUUUAUAAACUCAUUGAUAAAGUUUUAACUUGCAGAAGCAAGAGUAGAAAAAUACUUGCUGAACACCAAGAUUAAAAACGUUUAGCCUACAUGUCAACAAUGUUAAUGAACCUUAAAACAUCUCAUGACUACAAAGACCUCCUAAGGGAUAUAAACUACAAAUGUUCUUUUUAUUACAAUGAACAAUGACCUAAAAACAAAGUACAUAAAUACUUGUCAUGCUACAUACUUAACAAAGAUACACAUGUAACAGCCCACAAACGUUUGAAAUAUACUAACAAAACUCAGUAGUAAUACACACAAUGCAGACAAAAUGUUCUUUUUAACAGCUUUACCUUUUUCAAUAAAAGCAAAAUGCUUUUUUAUGAUGACGGAACAACACUGGACUAGCUAUGAAGAAUCUAAUUUGUUAAUAAUAAAAAAUCCAUCAAAUGAAAACACUGAAUCCGCAGAUAAAAAAAAAGAAAUUCAACAUUUGCUCCUACUAUUUUGUUAUACCCUAGUCACAUGACAAAGUUCUUACAUCUCCUCUGCCAUUUUGUGUAGAACUUAUUUCUUUUUAAAUCUUAUCUCCCCGAUUAUGUUACACAACUACA